AUGGCGUCCCCCACGUCGUCGCAUUCAUCCAACGAACCACCAAGUGUAUUUUCACCUGCAAAGAAGCGAAAACGCGGCGACAACUCCAGCUCCGAGGAGUAUAUUCACGAUGAUGUUCUAGGCGACAUAAUCAAGGGUCGUAUCCCUGGGACAGCCACCUACACCGAUAAGGGGCUUGAUAUCGAAGCCUACCGAGUAGGAGGACCGGAACUCCCGAUGCUACCUAUAAGAUAUCUCGAGACUCCCGAGGAUAGGCGCACUCUAUUUGAUAGUCACAUUGCCGGAGAUUUGGUCAAAAUUUUGAAAGAAAAUUCUCUUUGGCCCGCGGACCCCGACUUUAGACUGGUCACGAUGGUCAGCCAAGCACGACCGAACGCAGAAGCCUAUGCAUAUGCAUUUAUGGAGCUACAAUGGAAUGAUGGCUGCCAGCAACGGUGGAUCAAAGCUGCCGAUACGAUGCGAUCGAAGCUAGAAGAUCUAGGAUACCCGUGGAUCAAAGUGCUGCUGGCAGAUAGGCGUGCUAUGGUCACACCAUUUAGUAAGGUGAUCUCUGCCGACGACCCUCUCCUGAAGACAUGGCCCGUGGUCGCCAAUAAGAUUCUUAACGUUGUCUCCGUGAAAAAUAGUUGGAUUACUCUGGACCUUUUGCGACGCGGGAAAGAGUGGGCCGGGGGAAAAGACGAGGAAAAGACUAAAGCGGUUCUUUUGAUACGAUACGACGCUCAAGACUUUGACGGCCCUACACUUCAGGAAUGCAGAAGCGCUAUCAGCGGCGAUCCUCUCUACCAGCAGAGAGGCGUUGAACUCGAAAUCAUACGAGGAUUUUUGGUAGGAGGUACCAACGAACUAUCCUAUGAGAGAGAGCCACCUGCACUGUCGCACGGAGAUGACAUUUUCAAUACUAUCCCAUAUAUGGGCGCCAGUAUCUGCCCCGACUCCUAUGUCGGAUCUGGUUCCUUCGGCUGCGUUGUUACGCUGGGAGGCUCAGGCACGUACGGUCUAACCGCCUGCCAUGUCGCUCUCCCAACAUCCGACGGCCAGGUUUCCUACGCCGAUCCCGAGGCACAGAGAAACAUACCGGCUAAACUUAUUGAUUUUUUGCCUACUGGCGCUGCACUCGGGACAAUUCCUAAUGCGCCCGUGAUCAAAAUGCCGUCCAGAAACGACCUUGAGGACCUAAAGGAAUACUAUCAGCAGAGAAUAGAUAAGGGAAAUGAAGCCUGCUUACGUCUCAAUUACGUGGCGGAAGUACUAGCAAUUGGAGAUCCAGAAUUGGAUAGGACGCUUCCUCGGGGAGAUCUCGCGACAUACAAGCAAUUCAAGCGCAUAACAGAGCACGCUGAGGACUCCCUCUCGAAAGUUAAUGGACUUCUCGCAGAGAUAGAUACACCACGGUGUUCGCUUGGACCUCUCCGAUGUUUUUCCGGCUUCCGUAAGGACGAAGAUACUGGAAUGAUCCUUAAUUGGGCUCUCUUUCCAAUCGACUCUCGAAAGGUACCGAUCGAAAAUAGAAUACCUGAGCAAUCUAGGGAGUAUAUUCAAACCUGCUUAGUUGGGUAUUCUCGUCCUCUGACUGGGUAUACUCCUCCUAUGACUGAGGAGCCUGUCUUCAAAAUUGGAAGAACAACCGGGUUUACCAAAGGCAAGAUCAACCCAGCUGAGUCAUUCGUUAGUGUCCUCGAGGCACCAUAUACGAGAGUUUGGCCGGCGGAGCCCGGCACCGAGCACCAGCAAAUUCCAGAACUCAGCAGAGCUUCUGCAGUAUGUGUCGUUUCGUGGGAAAAGGAUAGAAGGUUUGCUGGCCCGGGGGAUUCUGGGGCUGUCGUCUUUAAUACGAGAGGAGAGAUGAAAGGCCUCGUUGUGGCUGGAAAUUCCGACCAUACAGUGACCUAUAUGACACCCUCAACCGUGCUGGUGAACGACAUCAAGAAGAUGACUGGAGCGAAGGAUGUUUUCUUUCCGACACCUGAUGGUCCGAUGGCCCGAUGGCCCGUCGGCCCGUCAAUGUAA